CUAUAAUCGUUAAUUAUGAAAUCUCAGAAGUUUCAUAAUACAGUCCGGAGUGCUGUCCCCCGCCACCAAUCGCUACGUCACACCACAGACCAAAGAUAUUUCUAUAUUUCUUUAGUCUGUGGUCUCACUAUACUUCCGGCCGGCCGUAUACCCUUCGCGUAUUUGUCACAGCUGAUAGAGUAUAAGUGCGCGAAUCAUCUGUUAUUAGUUGUCUGCUACAAACUCUUUCGUUGUAUAAAGGUUUACAAAAGAUUGCUGUCAAACCACCUGAAACAUUGCAGCCUGAGCAGACAGAUACAUACAGCUGUUGUGAAUAGUUAUGCCCUUGUACCAAUUGUGGUGGAACAGACAGGCAGGGGUGAGCGGGCUUAUGACAUCUUUUCCAGAUUGUUAAAAGACAGAAUAAUAUGUGUAAUGGGACCAAUUGAUGAUUCCCUGUCAUCUCUGGUUGUAGCACAGCUGUUAUUUCUUCAGUCAGAGAACAGCAAGAAACCAGUUCACAUGUACAUCAACAGCCCAGGUGGCAGUGUGACAGCAGGACUAGGUAUAUACGACACCAUGCAGUAUAUAUUACCACCUAUAGCCACCUGGUGUGUGGGUCAGGCGUGUAGUAUGGCAAGUCUGCUGCUUGCUGCAGGUGCGCCAGGCAUGCGCCACUCUCUACCCAACGCUCGCAUCAUGAUCCAUCAGCCCUCCGGUGGUGUGCAGGGACAAGCCACCGAUAUCCAGAUUCAAGCCGAGGAAAUAAUAAAACUGAAAAAGCAAAUUAACAAUUUAUAUGUGAAGCACACAGGACUUCCAAUAGAAAAAAUAGAGGCAAACAUGGAGAGAGAUAAGUUUAUGUCUCCUUCAGAUGCUAAAGACUUCGGUAUCAUUGAUGAGAUUCUUGAUCAUCCACCAAAGUUCGGAGAAAAGGACGAGAACUUGUUCAGUCAAAGUACUCCACUCUCUAACUAGGCAAACUAUUUGUACUUUGUUGAUUUUGUAUUAAAAAGUAAUAAUUUA